CUUUGAUGCGCUACUCGGGUUUGAGGGGUUUUGCUUCGUCGUAUUAUGACACGAAUGUGUUAAUUAAGUUCUAAAAUUAUUUAUCGAGGCUUUUAAAUGAGUGCGAAAAAACCAAAAUUACCUAGUUUAAACCUUCGUGGCAGUUCAAGUAGACAUGAUUGGGAUUCUGUCGGAACAAUCAAGUUUUUCACUGACAGAGAUGGGGAUAUUAGUGGUUUGGAUGAGGCGAUGCGAACCAUCAGUAUCGGCAAUCGGCAGUCUGGAGAAGCGAAUCUACACCCAGCAUCCUCAAAUACAAACGACAAUGACUCAACAUCAUAUACUGGAUAUAAUGAUGAGUUUAAUGAACAAAAUAAAUUGGAUGUAGAAAUUGCCGUUGAAGCAACAAGCAUUUCUGAAUUGUCUAGUCCUGCCGAUAGGAUUGAUUCAGCUGAGUUGACUGAAGCAACUCAUGAUUAUGGUGAUAAAUUAAAUUUAAGUCAACAAACAAAUGAAUCGCUUGGUGUUUUUCCAUUCAAUAACGAUUCAGAUACAAACUCUGGUGUUCUUCUAACUUCUGUUGACGGUUAUGGGAUUACUGACAGACAUAAUUCAUUGCACCUAGAUGA